UAUCCUCCAAAGUAAAAUUGAAACAGUCAAGGCAACAAAUCCUUGAGAUGAGAGAAAUAAUUAAGAUGAUGCCUUUUGGAGUUGUCAUAAUACCCAAAAACCCAAAUGCUUCUCAAAAGAACUUCCUUAAUGACGAAUUCAAACAGAAAUACAUUGGAAAAUGGGAAAAUCUUGAAGAGCUCUCAAGAAUUCAGGGAAAAUAUGAUGAUUCAGAUUUUAACCAAGAGAGCUCCAAGAAGAAUUUUAAUCGUUUUGAGACAGACAAGAAUGUUAUUUUAAGAAUCAACAAAGAUAAUAUCUGUUAUAAGUGUAACCACUCUGGCGAUAGAGCCUGUGACAUUAGUACAGCUAUUGUUAAUUGGGAAGGCAUUCCUUCCUACAUGCAUAUUAUUAAUGACAAUACUGAGCUGAUAAAAGCAGAAGAAUCUAAGAUGAACCAAAAAUGCCAAGAAAUAAUGUUUACUAAUGCUUCUCAUGAUCUUAGAACUCCCUUGAACUGAAUCCUAAACUCUUUCUCGAUACUUGAAAACUCUUUCAAAACAACAAACAAACUCAUCACACCGCUAGUGUGCCAUCUUUCCCACUCUCAGCAGCAACUUCUAGCUAGCAACAAUCUCGAGAUCAAAAAUUUUCUGAAAAACGGUACAAAUUCUUCCCACUUGCUCCUUGCUCUUGUUGAUGAUAUUUUGAAUCUUUCCAAGAUCAAAAGCGGAAAAUUUGAAGUCAAAAAAGAGAAAUUCCAAAUCCAGGACCUCUUCACUGAGAUCUACUCUAUCUUCAAACCCCAAUGUGACCAAAAGAAACUAAAAUUUGAUAUCCAAAUCUGUGAAGAAAUGCAAAAAUUUACUCUAAUAUCAGACCCUACUGUAAUUCGUCAGAUCCUGAUCAACCUCGUGUCAAACUCACUCAAAUUUACAUUUGCAUCUAUUAAAGGUGUAAAAACUAAAGAAUCUGACUUAAUGUCUAGUGAUACUAUGAAAUGAUUAACCCCGGAUAUACCCCUAUCAGAUCCCUUAAAUCUCGCUUUUAAAAGUCACAUAACAAUCUCAGCUACCUUCACAAAAAGGAAAGGGAAAAAUUACGUCCAUUUCUCAGUGGAGGACUCUGGAGUGGGAAUACCUGCCCAAAAGAAGGACAAACUGUUCAAGCUGUUCCACCUGGUCACCGAGGACGGAGGCCUCAGCAACAAUGUGACUGGUUUGGGACUUACUGUUUGUAAAGAAUAUACAGAAGCUCUAGGAGGAGAAAUUUGGCUCGAAUCAGAAGAAAAUUUAGGAACAAUAGUGAGUUUUCUCGUUCCUUGAUUAUAAAUA